GCGGCUGCGAAAACGGUUGGACGGAGAGUCUGCUUUAAGAUCAAGUAAAGAGAAAGACCCUCGGGGAAAACUAUUAUUUCUGAAAAUAACUCGCGUGUAAAUAAAUGAACUCUACAAUUUACAUUUAAAAAUAAUAACGCUCCUGAUUCAACUUGUAUCGAAGAAUUGAUUUACGAUCGAUUUAUCGAUUUAUCGUAAAGCGUAACCUUGCGAUUUGCAGUAAAAUUUUAAUCGCGAAUUAUGCGGUUGUGUUUUCUUUCCCGCGCUUUCUUCUCUAAUUUUUCCAACGGAUAAACAGAGAGAAACAUUAUACGAGCGAAAAUAAUCGCCAACGAUCGACGCUAUGUCUUUGAACGGAUCUACGCACCUGUGACGUUCGUGAAAAUUCGCGCGUUUAAAAUUUAAUUGGAUCUCACGUCAAGAGUAAAUAUUUACACGCUCAUAUUGGUUUUCGGCGGUGAUCAGUUCCGAGUCCGAUGUGCGCAGAAACGAGUUAGCGCGAAAUCGAGUUGCACUCUUGGAUGUGAUAAAUUCGGUGGAGAUCCGGAAUUUGCGGAAACGCCAGGUGACGGAUAAGCAUGUCGCGAAGAAAGUGAAGUGCAUGAGAGAAGCAACGUCGCGUCCGAUGAUAGUCGGCUCGUAGGAGGACGCCAAUUUGGAUCGAGGCCAAGUCUGAGGGAAUCUCGCCUGCGAAUAUGGAGGAAGAAGAGAGUCUCGGCGAUGCAAUGGGCGACGAUGCUGGCGUUAAGGAACUUCAGGAACUUCGUGACAAAUACGAAGGAAAACUGACGGCGUCUCUUUACACAGGGACACUUUGUGUCGCCGCAAUUGCUUCGCUAAUCGCUCUAGGUGCUCUAUGCUUCACCGAUUAUCCUAAGCUGUUCCACGUAACCGAUCUUGUACCUGUAUCAACAUUGACGACCAUGCUCAUCGUAUCCUUGACACUUUUAGUGAUCACGCAAUUAUCUUCGACUAUGACUUCCAAACGGUCCAGGAUUUUAAUAGGCUUAGCAUCCUCCAUCAUACUCGGUCUAGGAAUUUUAAUAUUAAAAGGCGUCCUGCCCUUGUUCGCCUGCAUUCUGUCAAUAAUCGCUAUUCUACCUAAAAUGAGGUGGCAAGUACCGCUUAUCAUCGGCUGUAUCCUGGCUCUCACGCAUGUUUCGAGGAGAUUUAUCUUUGAAGAUCUCUCGAGCUAUUAUAAUGUAAUUCAGAUCGUUGUGGAGAUUGUGUUUCUUCUGGCUGCUAUCCUCGCAGGUAUGUACUAUAGAAUCCUGACGGCGACGGCUCAUCGAAAAACUUUCUCAGGCACGAAGACGGUGAUUGAGUCGCGAAUCAAGCUAGAAUGCGAAAGAGAGCAGCAGGAACAAUUAUUGCUGAGCGUUAUUCCCGCUUACAUCGCGGCAGAGGUAAAAAGGAGUAUAAUGUUGAAAAUGGCGGAUGCUUGUCAGGAAGCUAAUAAGCAUAAGCAAACCACGUUCCAAGAAAUGUAUGUGCAGCGACAUAAUAACGUCAGCAUUCUCUAUGCGGACAUCGUUAACUUUACACCUCUAUCGGAGCAGCUCUCAGCUUCCGAUCUCGUAAAGACUCUCAAUGAACUCUUCGGCAGGUUUGAUCAAAUAGCACAGGACAAUCAAUGUAUGAGAAUCAAGAUUUUGGGCGAUUGUUAUUAUUGCGUCUCUGGGCUUCCGGUGUCCCGUCCGAAUCAUGCUUACAACUGCGUGAACAUGGGGCUGCAAAUGAUUGAUGCUAUCAGGUUUGUACGCGAGGCUACCGGCUUCAACGUCGACAUGAGAAUAGGGAUUCACACGGGGAACGUUCUAUGCGGAGUUCUCGGACUGCGGAAAUGGCAAUUCGACGUGUGGAGCGACGACGUGACCCUGGCUAAUCACAUGGAGAGUGGUGGUCUGCCUGGGAGAGUUCAUAUAACGAAAGCUACUCUCUUACAACUGGGCGAUCGAUUUGAGGUCGAACCAGGCAAUGGAGGAUCUCGGGAAAGUUAUCUCGCUCAACACAAAAUAGAAACUUUUCUUAUCAUGCCACCCAAGAAAAAUCGAGAGGAAAAUGGAAUGGAAAACGGUGGAAAUCGCAUACAAGGGCCUGGACCAAUACCUUCCAGAUCAAGGCCUAGUAGCAAAAUGACAAAAUAUGUGGAAUGUUGGGGUGCGGACAAGCCUUUUGCCAAUAUAGCGGAAGCAACAUUAGCAAAAAAUAUCGGCCUAACAAGCAUCGCAAUGAUUGAAUCGAAUCUAUUGGCGAACAAUGCCAGCUGCUUUGACGCGCAACAAUGGUGCAGUGGAAGCGAGGGAAUUUCGCCUUUUACUUAUUGGUUCAAAGACAAAAAUCAAGAGCAGCUAUAUCGAGAACAGAGAGAUGAGCAAUAUCCUUGGUACGUCGUGGCUUCCAACGUGGUUUACACACUCAUGUUCUGCAUCCAGAUUAUUUAUCUACCAAGAAGCAUCGCGGUUUAUGGUUGCUUUGCAGCUGGUUUAGCAUCUCUAAUUAUAUUUGCCAUAAUUUCAUGGUUUAGCGGAAAAGUCGACACCAGUAAUGGCGAAGAAACAAAUCAAAUCGCUCUUAGCCGAGGUAUCAGAAUAACGGUGUAUUUAAUAACGGCCUUACUGGCUACCGCGUCAUCAAUCAUUAGUCUGAUCGAAGUUGAUUGGAAUGCUGAAUACAUCGUACCACUAUAUGUGUAUUCCUCGGCAAUAGCGCUGGUGAUUGGCUGGACCCACUUGAGGGUCGGUUUCUUGUUGAAGCUGAAUGUAAUGCUUUUAUCCAUUGCCAUUAUACUUGUAAUCUUCUCUCAAGUACCAGUCAUCCAGUUGUAUUACGAUAAUCCUAAUAGCAAGUUUUAUGGCAUUCAUUAUCUAAUACAAGUAGGAUAUCUGCUUGCGCUCAUCAGUCUGAUACUUCACGUUCUUGAUCGGCAAGUGGAAUUCUCAUCCAGAACGGAUAUCUUGUGGAAGAGUAAGCUAAGAGUUGAGCAGGAUGAGGUAGAGACUAUGAGAGGCAUUAAUAAGAUUCUUCUGGAAAACAUACUGCCGGCUCACGUGGCCGAUCAUUUUUUAGCUACAAGGGCUACUCAAGAACUCUAUCAUGAGAGAUAUAGCAGUAUUGCUGUAAUGUUCGCAUCGAUUCCAAAUUACAAGGAAUUUUACGAUGAAACCGAUAUAAAUAAGCAAGGCCUUGAAUGUCUGCGUUUACUCAAUGAGAUCAUCUGCGAUUUCGACAAACUCUUACUCAAGCCGAAAUUCUCAGGAAUCGAGAAAAUCAAAACAAUAGGUAGUACUUACAUGCUAGCAUCUGGCCUAAGUCCAGGAAAGGAGGAUGGUGAUAGUAAGGACUUACUAAAGCAACAAGAUCAUAAUGUAAUCGUACUCGUCGAGUUUGCUAUUGCACUUAUGACGAUUCUGGAUCAAAUCAAUAGAGAUUCUUUCCAGAGAUUCAAACUGAGGAUGGGCUUAAACCACGGCCCGGUGAUAGCGGGUGUCGUGGGUGCUCAGAAGCCGCAAUACGAUAUAUGGGGUAACACGGUAAAUGUGGCUUCAAGGAUGGACAGUUGCGGUGAGAUGGGCAAGCUUCAAGUCACCGAGGACACUGCCAAGAUCCUCAUUGAUGCUGGAUACGAACUCAUUUGCCGAGGACCGACGUAUGUGAAGGGCAAGGGAACUCUCACUACGUACUUCGUAAAAACACCCUUCGAUAAUAAAGAGGAAAACUAUUAAGAUGAAUUACAAAAAUUGUUAAAAUGGUUAAAUCAAAUUUAAUUACUCGCGAAAACGAGCAAAAUUUUUUCCAUGGCACUAUGAUCUCCAAUCGAGAUUGAACCACAGUUGCAGAAAAUAGAAUUUCUGCUUAUAUGCUCGUUUGAGCAUAUGAUAUAUAAAAAAGAUAUAAAAACCAAACGAUUCCCGAAUUUUAACGAUCUGUCUAUUAAUAUGAAAUGUGGAUGUUAGGUUUAUUCGCGUUUAAUUCGUAAAAUAAGAUUUUAUCUCUUUGAAAAAGAGAAAAAGGAAGAAAGAAGAUACAUUGUCAAAAAAUCUACUAUAAUAAAUUAAUUGCAAUAUUCAAGAAUAUUGAUACCAUCUCUGCUGUUUAAAAAAUGAAUAAUUGGUACAAUACGGAUACGAAUGUAUUCAUAAUUCCUAUCCUCUCAAUGUUUUUUCUUCCUGCACUUAAUCGAACGAAGGAAAUGGUGAAAGAAUAAUUAUUAUGUUCUGAAAAUUUUUACGUUAUUAAGAAUGAGAUAUGAUCUUAUAUAUGUAGCAAGAUAGUCUGCAAAAUCACAUUGCAGAUAAAUUUCAAGCAUCAAUUCAAUUUUUAACUUAUGAUCAACGAUCAUAAGUAACGUUACACUGUACCUGCAAGUAGAAAUUAUUUGUAUAUACACGUAUCCAUAUACAUCUAUAUUUAUGAUUAAUUCAUUUUGGCAGCUGCGAUAUAGCAGAUGAUUUUGGAUAAACAUACAAUUUCAUCUCUUCAUCGAGAGAAACAACGAGAACUCAAUCAAUCAUUCUGAUAUAAUAUUCUAUGUACGAAAUUAAAUUAUAAUCAUUUGCCGGCAUUUGUUGCUUUUCUUCACAGCUCAAAAAUAUUGUGAAUUAUACGAAUAAAGAUACGAUGAUAAAA